CCCCCAUGACACUACCCCUCCCCCGGAAGGUCGGGGUUCCUCUCGCAGAAGCACCCCUAAUUACGUCGCCGCCUGAUGGUGAUCAUGAGUCGGCGGGGAGGACAAAACCUCAGCUCGCCCUGGGUAGCCCCGUCUCUUCUUCUGCCCGCCCGCAGUUAUAUUCGGCUUCAAGCCCACGCUCCGCAAACCGCCCCGGGCUUCCUAUUUACAGCCGCUUCACGAGCAGGCCUUCUCGCUGGAAAUCAAGACGCGCAGCUAUGAGAGUGAGGAUUUCUGGGCCGGGCCCGAAGGGGAACAUGGAGAGGCUCGAGGCUACCGUCAAGGAGGUGACCAACUGGGAUGGAUUAAGCAUGGAUCCCGAGAUGUGGUACCCGGACGGAAACUGCCUCGUCCAUCUGUAUGCCCGUGACCCCACGGCGUCGUCGAUGUGGGGUCCGGCAUUCCUCAUUCCGCUCGAGUUUCUAGUCGGCUUAGACUGCAUUCCUUUGCUGGAACGCUUUUUGGCUGGCCGCACGGGUUCUUACCUCCCGUCGUCGAACAGACAGUUUGUCAAGGGGCGCCCAAGCAAGGAAUAUACAUCGGCGAGAUAUGAUUUAUACAUUCCGCCGCCGCCGACGGUGGAGGGAGAACAGAAAUUGCUGUGCCGUACUGCUACACGGAACUUCUUCGCGUGGAUAUGCGGGAAGCCUCUUGUUGGAGAGAGUCUGGGACAGGCAUUGGUGGGGCUACUCAAUAGCAUGAGUGAGUACCGAGGGCUGAACGUGGAUAAUGUGGAGGAUAUCCUCGAUUACAUGGAGGAGGGAGGGUAUGCAGACUUCGGCGGCCGCCCAGUCCAUACCCUCGCCACCCUCCAUUUCGCAGAGCACUUCCAAUUCGAGCAUCUCUACAUCGACGCCUUCGCCCAUGCGGUGGGGAUGCACGAUGAGAUCAUCCAGAGCCCAGAAUACAAGUCCAUCUCCGACACCACCCGCUCCAUCCUUACCCACGCCCACACCGAGCUCCUCUCCCGCCUCACCCGCACCAGCGCCAGCCUCUCCACCUUCCUCGCCGACGAGCUCUCCCCCACACACCUCGGCCUCACCGCCGCCUCCCGCACCCACCUCGACCGCUUCCGCUCCUUCCUCACCACCUACUGGAUCUCCGCCCUCGGCUCCUACCCACCGCCCUCCCACAGCAGCCCCAUCUUCUCCAACCAGGUCCUCCUGCGUCUGCGCACCGAGUUCAAAGACCUCUACGCCUACCUCGUCGACGAGUCCUUCACAGCCGCAGACUGCAGUCCGGCCGCCGCCCAAGGCGGCGUCUGCGUCCUCCAAUCCGUCCAAGCAUUCGACGCCCGCCUGGGCUACGAAAGUUUCCUGCACCCCCUCCCCCUCCUCCCCACCUCCCCCUCCGACGCCUCGCGCCAGGUGAACUCGCGGACGCACUCCCUCCGCUCCCCCACCCUGGCGCGCACAUUCAGCUGGAGCCGGCCGGCGUCCCCGAAGAAGGAUUCGAGGCUGCUUGCGCUCUCCAUCGUGGCGAAGGCGAGUAAUCACCAUAAACCGGCGCUGCUGGAGGCGCCGCUGGUGAAGGCGUAUAGGGAGUUUGAGACGGAGUGUAUACUGUCUACUAAGGAGGAUAAACGGACCCGCGUCUCCGCAGCAGCUGCCAGAAAAGUCCGCUGGAUUCUCAUCUACGCAACCCUUCAAACCCUCCGCUCAGCGACGGAUAUCCUACCCGCUGUCCGCACACCACUCACUGUGCCGUAUCACCUCAGCGCCACUUUACCACGUUUGCCCUGGGCUAACUCACCGCGCACGAGUCUCACGCCAUCAAGCACAUACACCCUGCACCUCUCCCUCUCCUCCUCCUCUAUCCCCUCUUCCCCAACAACCCCACACACCCCGGCCUCGCCAAUCGAGCCAGACAUCGACCACACCCUCCUAACCCGUCCCGCCUCCUCCUCCCCUCCAUCACCCCGCCCUCGCCGCGCCUCCCUUCCCACCCUCGCGCGCUCGCUGAGCUCGGCCGCAUCGCUCGGUCGCGCCAUCAGCGUUAUUGGGAGGAAUCCGAGGAGGAGUUCUGCGCCGGCACCGAGUCGGACGCCGUCGACGAGUAUGGAAAAUAGCUUCACCAGCGCUGCAGAAGAAGAUGAAGAGGAUGAUGAGGAGGAUGGGGGGAUGGAGAUGGGGUGCUGGAAGAAACAAGUCGAGUUGAACCAGAUCACUCCCUCUCCCUCCAGACCCUCCCAUUCCCACUCCCGCUCCCACUCCUCCCCCUCCUCCUCCUCCUCCGAGAACCCCACCACACCACCCUCACCACUCUCACGCUCCCUCUCCGCCUACGAUUUCUCAGACACUACGCCCCCCUCCCCCCUCUCCCAGUCUCACACACCCUACGAUUUCUCAGACUACAAAAUCUCCACCUCCACCAGCACCUCCAACUCUAGGCCAGAAAUGGAAAGACGCUGGAGCGGAAGCACAGCCCACGAGCACGAGCACGAGGAUGUAGCACCUGAGUGCACUACCCGCGCCGAACCCCAUCGACAGGGUGGGAGAGUGAGGGCGGUUGGGCUGGGUGUUGGGGCGUUGGGGGCGCUAUUAGAUGGAGUAGUAGAGGAGAGGGUGUUUUUCGAGAUUGAGGAUUUUCCUGGGAACCAUGGUGGUGGGAGGAGGGUGGGGAUGGCGAUGUGAAGACUAACUGGUGCCGCCAUCGUUCGUUGGCGGUGUGUAUGAAAAGUGAAGAAAUGGGGAGUUCGGAAGAGGAGUUUAGGAAGGGAGUCUGGGAAAUGGAUAGGAUGGGAUGGGAGGGAAGAGACACUGUAUGCUCAUAAUAACAUAGUUCUUGUAUCUACAACGCUGUAUCUACACGC